CCCCUCAGCUGCUGGCCACGCCCUCUCCGGUUCCUCUCCUCCCCCUGGCUGUAGUGAUGGUCGGGCUCGUGCUGCUCCUCUGCUCGUGCGCCUUGUUGCCCGGUUACACCGGCGCCAUCUCCUUCUACUUACCGGCAGGCGGCAAGAAGUGUCUGAAGGAAGAGAUCCAUAAAGAUGUGCUGGUGACCGGGGAGUACGAGGCGGGCGAGGUGCCCGGAUCCAUCACACACCUAAAAGUCACAGAUUCGGCAGGACAUAUUUUGUUUUCUAAAGAAGAGGCCAAGAAAGGCAAAUUUGCCUUCACCACUGACGACUAUGAAGUGUAUGAGGUUUGCUUCGAGAGCUCCGCCUCCGACGGUGCAGUGCGGUCUCCGGAUCAGUUAGUUGUCCUCAAUGUUAAGCAUGGCGUGGAAGCGAAGAACUAUGAAGAUCUGGCUAAGGCAGAGAAGCUGAAGCCCCUGGAGGUGGAGUUAAGGCGCCUAGAAGACUUGACCGACUCUAUUGUUAAAGACUUUACUUACAUGAAGAAAAGAGAAGAAGAGAUGCAGGACACAAAUGAAUCGACCAGCCUGCGUGUCCUGUACUUCAGCGCCUUCUCCAUGUUUUGUCUUGUUACUCUCGCCAUGUGGCAAGUGGUUUACCUGAGGAGAUUUUUUAAGUCAAAGAAACUCAUUGAGUAAUAAAAAAAAGAUAUUAAAAACGA